CGUGAAGAAUUGAAUGUGAAGAAGAAGAAGAAGAAGAAGAAGAGGCAAUUAAAAAUCUCCCGUGACUCUCGUCUCUCUCCCUUUCUCUCUCUCUCUCUCUGCUCAAAAUUUUUUGUUUUUCUGGGGCAAAUUUGUGCUUGUUCAGAUCUACAAUCUCUCCUUUUUCUUCGGCUAUGGAGGGCCAACGAGGCAGUAAUUCUUCGUUGAGCUCUGGUAAUGGCACCGAAGUCGCCGCCGACGUUUCUUCUUGCUUUUAUGUUCCCAAUCCCUCUGGGACCGACUUCGAUGCUGAAUCGUCUUCUCUUCCUCCUCUCUCCCCAGCUCCUCAAGUGGCUUUGUCAAUUCCCGCCGAGCUUGCUGCCGCCAUUCCCCUCAUCGAUCGCUUCCAGGUUGAAGCUUUUUUGCGGCUUAUGCAGAAGCAAAUCCAGUCUGCUGGCAAGCGUGGCUUCUUCUAUUCUAAAAAGUCCUCUGGCUCUCAUGUCCGCGAGCGCUUCACAUUUGAGGAUAUGCUUUGCUUUCAGAAGGAUCCCAUCCCCACAUCUCUUCUCAAGAUAAACAGCGAUCUCGUCAGCCGUGCUACCAAGUUGUUUCAUCUCAUCUUAAAAUAUAUGGGCGUUGAUUCAUCUGAUCGAUCAACGCCACCCAGUUUAGAUGAACGCAUUGAACUUGUUGGAAAGCUCUUCAAGAAAACUUUGAAGCGUGUUGAACUCCGGGACGAACUUUUUGCUCAAAUCUCCAAGCAGACUAGACAUAAUCCUGACAGGCAAUACUUGAUCAAAGCUUGGGAAUUGAUGUACUUAUGUGCGUCUUCAAUGCCUCCAAGCAAAGAUAUUGGUGGAUAUCUAUCUGAGUAUAUUCAUAAUGUGGCACACGAUGCAACAAUCGAACCAGAGGCUCAGGUUCUUGCUGUGAAUACUUUGAAGGCCUUAAAGCGCUCUAUCAAAGCUGGUCCUAGGCAUACCACACCUGGCCGUGAAGAAAUUGAAGCCCUUUUGACCGGUAGAAAGCUCACCACCAUUGUCUUCUUUUUGGAUGAAACUUUUGAAGAAAUAUCAUAUGACAUGGCCACAACUGUGUCUGAUGCUGUUGAGGAGCUAGCUGGGACAAUUAAACUCUCAGCUUUCUCUAGCUUCAGUUUGUUUGAAUGUCGUAAAGUUGUUUCAAGUUCCAAAUCGUCAGAUACCGGAAAUGAGGAAUAUAUAGGAUUGGAUGAUAACAAGUAUAUUGGAGAUCUCCUCGCAGAAUUCAAAGCUAUAAAAGAUAGAAAUAAAGGAGAGAUACUACACUGCAAAUUGGUAUUUAAAAAAAAACUAUUCCGAGAGUCUGAUGAAGCAGUAACAGAUCUGAUGUUUGUUCAACUAUCAUAUGUUCAAUUGCAACAUGACUAUUUAUUAGGAAACUAUCCUGUUGGGAGGGACGAUGCUGCUCAGCUUUGUGCCUUGCAAAUUCUUGUUGGGAUUGGUUGAUGGAUGAAUUGCAAGAGAAAAAUCAGCAAGACGUUACUCUGCGUGAAGAGUUAGAAGCUUUGCGUAAUGGUUUAGAGCUUGAAAGGAAAAAAUUGUUGGAGGUUACCUUAGACCGUGAUAAACUUAGGUCGUUGUGUGACGAGAAAGGGAUAACUAUUCAAACCUUGAUGUCUGAACUACGAGGAAUGGAAGCAAGGUUGGCAAAGUCAGGCAACACAAAAUCAAGUAAAGAGACAAAGUCGGAAUUAAGCGAAAUGAAUAAUCAGAUAUUAUACAAGAUCCAAAAGGAGUUAGAAGUUCGAAAUAAGGAAUUGCACGUUGCAGUUGAUAACUCAAAGAGACUGUUGAGCGAAAACAAGAUUUUGGAGCAAAGCAUUUUCAAUACUGAAAAUAGGAAAAAAGAGGAGGUUGAAAUUCAUCAAAAGAGAUAUGAACAAGAAAAAAAGGUGUUAAAGCUUCGAGUUUCUGAACUUGAAAAUAAGCUUGAAGUCCUUACUCAAGACUUGGAUAGUGCUGAGUCCGCGAUUGAAAGUAAGAAUUCUGACAUGAUGCUGUUGCAGAAUAGCUUAAAAGAGCUUGAGGAGUUAAGGGAAAUGAAAGAGGACAUUGACAGAAAAAAUGAGCAAACAGCUGCCAUUUUGAAGAUGCAAGGAGCCCAACUUGCUGAGCUAGAAAUACUUUAUAAGGAAGAACAAGUUCUAAGAAAAAGAUACUAUAAUACCAUAGAAGAUAUGAAAGGAAAGAUUAGAGUUUAUUGUCGUAUAAGACCUCUAAAUGAAAAAGAGAGUUCAGAGAGGGAAAAACAAAUGCUGACAACUGUGGAUGAGUUUACCGUUGAACAUCCAUGGAAAGACGACAAAAGAAAGCAACAUAUAUAUGAUCGCGUAUUUGACAUGCGUGCUAAUCAAGAUGAUAUCUUUGAAGACACGAAGUAUUUGGUACAGUCCGCUGUAGAUGGAUAUAANUUAGGGGUUUUAGGGUUUAAGGGUUAAGGGUUAAGGGUUAAGGGUUAAGGGUUANCUAUAUAUGGGCAUGAGAACAAUCCUGGACUGACACCUCGAGCUACAAAGGAACUGUUCAAUAUAUUAAAGCGAGAUAGUAACAGAUUUUCAUUUUCUCUGAAGGUAUAUAUGGUGGAACUUUAUCAAGACACACUUGUAGACCUUCUCUUACCAAAAAGUGCAAGACGCUUGAAACUAGAGAUUAAAAAAGAUUCAAAGGGUAUGGUCUUUGUAGAGAAUGUGACAACUAUACCUAUAUCAACUUUGGAGGAACUGCGGAUGAUUAUUGAACGGGGAUCGGAACGACGCCAUGUUUCUGGAACAAAUAUGAAUGAAGAAAGCUCAAGGUCUCACCUAAUACUAUCGGUUGUUAUCGAGAGCAUUGAUCUUCAAACCCAGUCUGCUGCGAGGGGCAAGUUGAGUUUUGUGGAUCUUGCUGGUUCUGAGAGAGUAAAAAAGUCGGGCUCUGCCGGCUGCCAACUCAAAGAAGCUCAAAGUAUCAACAAAUCACUUUCUGCAUUAGGUGAUGUUAUUGGUGCUUUAUCUUCGGGCAACCAGCAUAUUCCUUACAGGAAUCACAAGCUAACAAUGUUGAUGAGUGAUUCAUUGGGCGGAAAUGCCAAGACGUUAAUGUUUGUUAAUGUGUCUCCAGCCGAAUCAAACUUGGACGAGACGUACAAUUCUCUACUAUACGCGUCGAGAGUGAGAACUAUCGUGAAUGAUCCCAGCAAACAUAUAUCAUCGAAAGAGAUGGUGCGAUUGAAAAAGUUGGUAGCAUACUGGAAAGAGCAAGCCGGUAAAAAAAGUGAGGAAGAAGACUUGGUGGAUAUUGAGGAAGAUCGUACACGAAAAGAUGAGGCAGAUAGUUGAAGAAUGCUG